UCUAUCCUUAAGGUUGUCUGAAACACUACUAGAAUCAUCAGAUUAAACCCCAACAAUAUUAUUCAUAAAUGACGAUGAUGAAUAUGCAGCAGGUUCUGUUACUGGUAAUUAUAUUUAUAAGCAUGGAAGUGGGAAUGGGUGUGGAUCAUAGUGUUGGAGGCAGCAAUGGAGGUUGGAGCCAAUCCACAGAUCUUGCAUCAUGGGCUGCUGGACAACAAUUUCAUCCUGGGGAUAAUCUUGUUUUCCUCUACGGUUCGAGUCACAGUGUCCUUGAAGUUUCCCCGGCGGAUUUCGCCACCUGCACCACCGCCAGCCCUCUCCGGGGACCAUUCUCCGGUGGCCGCACCGUCAUUCCGCUCACCGCCGCCGGCUCCCGAUUCUUCAUAUGUGGCACCGCCGGCCACUGCCUUGGCGGUAUGAAGCUCCAAGUCGACAUCCUCGCCGCCGACGCCGCCCCACCGCGACCCUCCACCACUCCAACAGGCUCGUCGCCGCCGCCAACACCCCCUCCCCACCGGCCGGAAAAUUCUCUGCCACCCAAAAGCCCUAAGACUACUCCAGCAUCACCAGGAAAUCCUGCAUUGCCGCCGGCCACCGGAAAUCCUUCCGAUGGGUCCCUAUCUCCGCCUCCGCCACCAUCCUCCGCCGCUGGAAACAGUGUUAUGACCGCUCUCGCCGCCGCAUCGGCUGGUUUUCUGAUCAUGCUACUUUGAAAUUUAGGAAGACGAAGAAUCUUUGAUAUUUCAAUAGACUAUUUAAAAAAAGUUGAAAUUAUUUUUCUUGUUUUCAUAAUUUAUUAUUUGUACUAUAAGAGAUUCUUGGCUUUGGUGCAUUAAUUAAUUUGUGGUUCUUUUAUAUUUAUAAGAUGGUAAUUCGUCCCACUCUUAUUUGUAUUAUUA